UGCAAGAUGACGUGAACCUGUCGUCCGUUUCAGCCUGAUCUAUGCCGCCGUGACAUGUGAGCUUCGCCUGGACUCAUGGCGGCGCCGAAAUCGGCCAUCAAGUCCCGAUCGGAGCCCAGCUUUUCCAUCUCCGUGCCCAGCUGUGCUGAGCCGUCGGAGAGUGUGCGCUGGGAGCUGCAGCGGAAAGACGCGCUGCAAACUCGAUAUCGGCUGAAGAAGAAGGAACGGGAGCGAUUGGACUUCCAUGGCCUUGCUGGGGAUGUACGGGGCUUUACAGCCUUCCUGACCCACAGGUACGGGUCCAUCUGCCGCGGCUGGCGCACGGGCGUCGCUCCGGACGAGAUGGGCCUGGCACCCGUCUUGCAGAGCGAUUUCUUCAUGGCAAUGCACAAGAUGGGCUUCACCGGAAACGUCCUGUCCUUGUGGAAGGAGCUCACCCAUGGUGCCAAAGAGUCCUGCUGGUUGGGAGACAUUGACCACAAGCUCCAGCGAGGGUUGGAUCAGUUGGCCGCAGGCCUCUUCAAGUCUUACAAGGGCGGGGCUCGACAGGCAUGGGAGGAGGUGCCCAAAGCAUGGGCCUCGCGGAUGAACUACGCGGAGAGGGAAGCGCCGAAGGCGGUUUCUCUCUUCUCUCUCCCCGUCGGUGCGAGAUCGCAGCUGGAGAAGCGAACCGAUCCCAGGUUUGUACAAUGGAUGGAGGAGCAGGCCAUUACGCGGCCGAGGGGCUUUGCGGUCUCGGAACGGUGCCUCUUCGAUGCCUUAGACAUCAAGGGUGUGGGCACCGUCACCGUUGAGGACUUCUGCUUCUUGGAUCACUGGGCGCACAAGCGGCUCAAGAAGCCCCUGCCAGUGCAAGAGACUGCCACGACGUCAAGAUGGGACACGGUCAGCCAGCCACUGCCGCCAAUGGUCAAAUCGCCCAAGAAGCAGACGAUCAAAGACUUUCGCAGCUACCUGGAGACCCAGUUCGGUGGGCCUGGAGGCGCUGGCCGCGCCUGGCGAGUGGCCAUGGACGUGAAGGGCCGUGGUGCCUUGACCCUGGGAGAGUUCGGCAGUGCCUGCCGUGCCGUGGGCUGGAAGUCCGACCAUGUGGAACUCUUUCGCUUGCUCAAAGCUGCAGGCCAGGGCCUGGUUCGCUUCCGCGCCCUAGACCCGGAGACCGCCGAGGCCCUGGUGAAGUUCAAGGACGAGGCUGAAAGCAAGUGCCGCGGCCCGGUGCUGGACUUCUGGGCGCAAGUCAUGGACCCCGGCGAUGCCGGGGCGAUGAGCCGAAGCGAGUUUCUGAAGGAUUUGCCGAAGGUCUUAGGCAUGGCGCCCGAGACCUUGCUGCGGGUCUUCAACACGUUGGACCCCACGAACACGGGCUGGCUGGCCGCCACAGAGCUGCAGUACCUGGAGACCUUUGAGAUGGGCCUGGCCGACUUCAUGGCUGAUCAAGAGCAUCAGGCGCCGCUCUUGCUGGCGGGCCCCGCCAGCAACGCGGAGCCAGUACUGCCCACCGGGGUGCUCGGAGAUUUCAAGGUGCCAUGGCAGGUGACGAAUCGGAAGGUCUUGAGCGAAGCGGACCUUUUGGUCUCGCCCCUGGGUCGGCAGUUGUGGGCACCACACCGGAGCAGCAGAAGCUUCCAGCAACGCGCGCUGGAGAACUCCCACAUGCUCAAGCACAGGUGGCUCAACGAGACGGUGGAGGAUCGGUGCUUGUACAAGAACUUCGAGCCGGUUCAGACUAUGCGCUCGGACCACAGCCGGGUGUUUCGAAAGAAGAGAAAGGACUUCAUCUUCCGCACCAGCCACGAGUUCUACAGAAAGGGCGUGAACCGCUUCCGUCGGGGGGAGGUGGAGCCAAAUCCUCUUCCACCGGACCCCCUUGGCCUUGGCUUUUCCUAAGGCAGCUGAGGACUCGGCUGCACUCGGCCGUGGAAACCACGGCCGUUGGGUGGCCGUUCGCCCCGACCCGUCUCACCUCGGGCCCUCGGGACCCGAAGCGCUCCGAUCCUGAGAAGCACGGAGAACAGACGUGGUCGGUUCGGCCCCGGUCGCUUCAGCACCCCCCUGGAGGUUCUUGGGAGACCCUGGAGGGGCGGAGCUUUUCCUGGAU